GUAAAGAUCUUAAAAAUGUGGUUACCCAACACCAAAGUGCCAAUUUCCAAAUUAACAAAGUCUUAAUAUGGCCUCUCCCCAACAUAAUUCCCAGGCGGGUAAUAAUUACACGUCACGAACACAUCACCGUCGUCACAAACAGCCCUAACGCACCCAACCCUCCAACUCUUCCUCCACACGAUCUGAGUGUAAUGCCCGCAGACCCGGCCUUGCGCGCACGCGUUGGUCGCGUAGUCGUAGUCCGCCUCCUCGGCUGCCCAGGCCCUGACCGCGUCGCCCGCGGUCCACCCCUGCCCGCUGCCCCAGAAAAUGUUCUCCCCGAGCUGGAACCUCCCCUCGGGGAAGGAGUGCGCCAGCUGGCAGUCCGCCCUCCUCUGCCCGGCCCACCACCUGGCGUGGUCCUCCAAGCGCGGGUCCCACACCAGCGGGGCCUCCCACUUGGAGGCCCGGACCAGGUUGUGCUAGAACAGGAACUGUAUGGAGUCUCCCAGGCAGUUCCAGCACAGCUGUUUGGAGAGGUAGUAGAUUGCUGUUUGGUUGAUUAUUGUAUUAUUACUCUUGUUAGGGUUUUUUGGCAUGGGGGAGGAUGGUGGUGAUGACGUGGACGCCUGGUGAGGUGUGGAGA